AAAGAAGGGGGGCGUAUUACUUGAAUAGCAUUUUUAAGCUAGGGACUGUUUAUCGAAAGAACACAUUCGCUAUUGUCUGGAACAAAUGAGGAUGCGUCAGUAGGGUUUAACUAAAUAGUUUGUAUUUAAACUUAAAUUCCUUGGUUAGGCACGGGUACUGGCUGUAUACGGAUACUUUAUGUCUCUUGCAGAGGCACUCAAGUUCAACAAAUGGCAUGAGGAUUAUCCUCAGAUAUGAGUUUCUUACAAGAAGAAAUCAGAGAUUAUGGAUGUCAAUUUUGUCGUUCACGGAGCGCGCCUAUGCUCAACGUAAUCUACUGACGUGGGGACCUCGAAAUCUGAGGGCUGGUUGAGAGAAUCCUGGAUGAAUGUGCUGCGUCUCGGCGGGACAGUAAACCGUUUCACGCUAAAUUUUGUUUAUAGAUAAGCCAGAGAACAAGGUUUUGGAUUGGCCUACACAUUUCAACGAUGUCGCUACUGGCAUGGCAAACAAAGAAAGUGGGUGUGCGGUAACUUAAGUUUCCUAAAGAAAUAGAAGUCAUGGAUACAUAGACGUAUUGUCAACCUAGAUGAACGUUGACUGUUUAGGCAUCUAUAUAUUUGUUGAAAGUUUGUAUGUACAUUAGGCUACAUGGAGUUUUGUAUGACUAUCAAUUUCUAAAAGAGUAAGUCGCUCUAAAAUGGUUGAAAAUCGGUGCUCCGUUCAAAGGGAAGGGGUCUACCGCUGGUUCUCGGGGUUGAACUCUGCCCAGAGGGCUGAGUUCCUUUGUGGGCUUUUGGACCUCUGUGUUCCCAUCGAACUACGCUUUCUCGGGUCAUGCUUGGAGGACUUGGCCCGAAAGGACUAUCACUCCCUCAGGGACGCAGAGAUCAAAGCCAACAACCCUGCUGACCUCUCGAACCUAACCAACAUCACGGACGAAGUAGUGAGAAGCAAGCUUCUCAUCUCCCUUGCUCUUCUCAGCUCGGACAACAGAGAGGCUGCUGGGGUCCUCUUCCGAACGCUAACGCACAUUGACAGCAUCAUCAACAAUUACGGCCUGCAGCUCAACGAUGGUCAAACGGAGGAGCAGUUCCUUCUCCUGUUCACAAUGGCCUCCAAUCACCCAGCUUUUAGCUUCCACCAGAAGCAGGUUCUGAGACAGGAGCUGACCCAGAUCCAGGAAAUUAUGCAGGUCCCCUGUGGAGAACAGCAGCCUGUGACCGGAGGCUGUGGCGGGACUGGCGCGUUGGCCACCCUGUCUUCCGCUACUAGCAUCCCUACCUACAUUUCAGCGCCCACCCACAGCUCACGUCAGGCCGGGUGUCCAUGUUGCCAUAAGACAAUGCACCAAGAGAUCAGAGCAGGACAGGGGAAUGCAGGGAUGCCAUCAAUCUCGUACCAGGAGUUGCCAGUCAAGGUGCAUGUUGGGAAUCCUAGCAAAGUGAACAUAGAGAGGGUGGAGCUUAGGGGAGUGACCUAUGAUGGGGAGAAACCACAUGAAUAUAUACUAGAGGUCACAUGGUCAGACUCAUCAGUGUCCACUGUGAGCAGGACUCACCAGGAAGUGCUGGAUUUUUUCUCCCAGGUCUCCCGGCUUUUCCCUGAUGAAAGUCUAGAGAAGUUCCUGCCUCAGUCCUCUGGCUUUGAUCAGACCCCUGAGCUGGACCCCAGGUGUCUGACAACACUUCCAUCCCACAUUCUCAAACACUACCAAGCCAGACUAUUUUUCAACACUGCCCCCAUCGCCACCACACUCUCCCCCCCCCCCUCUGCAAGUCUUGGGUGCCUGCUUCAGUACCGAGGAGCCAACAGGGCUGUGUGCGGCGUGGCUAGUGUCCAGCCAGUCAUGAGUGUUCACAACUCCAUUCAGCCUCGCUCUCCGACCCAGCUGCCCCCCUUACCCCCCCAGGGCACGGUGCCCAUCCUUCCCCCUGGUGGGGUCGGUGUAGUAGGGGGCGAAAACUCCUCCCCCCUUCCCGGUCACCUCCAGAACCCCGGCCCUCCACAGCAGAGCAGCCCGGAACAAAACGGCAUUCUGGACUGGUUGAGGAAGCUUCGCCUGCACAAGUACUAUCCAGUGUUUAAGCAGCUGACCAUGGAAGAGUUCCUUGGACUUACAGAGGAAGAUCUCAACAAGUAUGACCUCACCCAGGGAGCCAAGAAAAAGCUAAAGACGCAGCUGGAACUGCAGAACAGGGAGAAGAUGGAGAAGAGGUUCAUGCUGUCCCAGUUCCCCGUGUCCUGCAGUGGCAUCGCCAGGGUUUCCCCGUCCAGCCACAUAGGCCCGGUGGCCCACGCCCACUCCAGCUGCAACACAGAGCUGCGUGUGGAGGUAGAGACGAGCGUUCCCCCUUUACCCCGGGACAGCAGCUUCUCCUCGGGGUAUUCCAGCGCCCCAUCCAGCCCCAUGACCCCUCACUCUCUGUCUGUUUCCCGGGAAGGGGCUUUUGACAGGACCAAGGAGCCACACAGAAGAAUGGAGUCUGUGUCAGGACUAGAUCCAGGGGAGAAGGACCGGGCGUGCGUUCUCCUGAACACCGCUGUUACAACAGGGCCUAGCCGGCCCACUGCUCAGGUUCUGCCCGUACAGAACGAUCCCACUUCCUGCCUUUCCCACAUGAGUGUCCUUCCGCCCUCCCUCCCCCUCCUUUCUACAGGACGCAUCCUGAGUCCCGCCCGUAAGCCCCGGCCACCCCCCCUCUGUCCUGAUGAGCGGUCCAGGCCCCUGGGUUCAGGCGUGUCUGUUGGGCUGCGGCUGGAGAACAUGUUCCCAGGCCUCAGUGUGGACAGUGUGGGGUCCCCUUCCCUCCUCCAGGACUCUGUGGGGCACCGGGGGACAGCUGGGGUCACGCUGCUACGCUCCCCGCCGGUUCUGAUGGUGGAGACGAGCACCGCCCUCACCAGCACCUCCAACACCCUCCACCAUGUCUCGCACCCACCUCUCCACCUGCAGGUGUCCCCCUCCCGGCCUCGUGCUGUACACUACCCCUACCCCUCCUCCUCGUCUUCCCUGUCGCCCUCAUCCAAGUCCGCCUUUCCUUCUGGGAGCGGCAUUCCCAUGGGAACUGCCAGCAGUGUUCCCAUGGCAGCAGUACCAGGCCAGACCUACUGCUUGAACAGCAGUGGAGCGGUCCGAGCGAGCUCUAGUCCCAGCUCAACAGAGACCAGCUGCUACUCUGCAGCCACAGGCCCUGCCCCCAGCUCAUCCGGCUCCGCCCCCAUCGCCUCUGGCUCCGCCUCCAACUCAUCUGGCUCCGCCCAGAUCUCCUCCGCCUGCGUCUGCAGCUCCUGUGGUUGCAGCGGGAACUGUGGAUCCUACGGGGCCCUGCCGGCAAGCUACGCAGGGUACUUCCAGCACCCCUUGUCUGGGACGUCAGUAUUCACCCUGGGGCCCCUGCUUCACCUCAGUCCCCUGUUGGCGGGGAGCAGUACCGCCUCCCCUUUCCCCUAUCCUCUGGUGGCACCGCCCCCCUAUAACAGCAGCGUGUCUCUCAGCCACGACACUCCAGGGCAGCAGGGACUUGUCCUGCCCCCCAUGCAGGGCUUCCUGGGGGCUGGGACCAAUGUGUACCAGCCUCAUGGGCUGUUGGGAGACGGAGUGCACAGGAAGCCCGGGAGCCUGUCGUGCUACAACUGCGGAGUGGCCGGCCACCGGGCUCAAGAAUGCAAGCAGCCGCCUAUGGACGCUGCUCAGCAAGGCACAUUUAGGCUGAAGUAUGCUCCUAAAUCAGACAGCCAAGACUCAGGGGACUAAGAGCAAGGAACUCCUGUGACGCCCAGUGCAAGUCAGCGUCUUGUGCUCCACAUGAUUUUUGGUUACGUUUUGAACACCAGUCACAGCUUUAAUGAAUGGUGGCCGGAGGACACUCAACAGAGGAAGUCAAAGCAAUCAGUCCGUUUGGAAGAUGCCAUUUGCCCCAAUCCAUCUGCAACAGUCGAUUUUUGAUCGAUGCAAAGACAAUAGAUGGUGAGGUCUAAACCCUGAGUUAAAGGGCAUACUUUUUUUAAGAGAAAAUUAUUUUGCUGUACAAAACCUGCAGUUAAAACUAUUGUCUGUUACUCCUUGAACUCACCACAGCCUUGCUUAGUUCUCUGGCCAACCCCCUAAGACCUACACCUUUCAUAAAAUCUAUGCCAAGAUGGCCUUUGAAGUCACUCUGGAGAUGACCGGUAUGUACCUGAGUGGAUGAGGAAGUGUGAAUGUAAAGAUGGUAUACUACGAUAACUGCCAAAUAAUGCACAUUGAUAUACUGACUGCCAUAUCCUUCUGGGACAGAGCAGUUCUGUGAAAACCAGAAAGUACACGCCUCUUUGUGUUGCCAGACAACACAAAGGCAGAACAGAGAACCAAAUAAGUUCUUCACCUUACACAUCAUUCACUGUGGGUACAUUACCAAUUACAGUGCAGGAAUAAUGAUGAAAAAGUGUAAGAAACGGUGCCAGCAUUUUUUGUUUUAAGAUGUGCUGUUAAUGUGUGUAUUGAACUUCUUAGAAAUACUUCCAAACUAACCAUUUACAAGUUUAGAAGCUGGAGAAGUCAAAUUUUUAUAAUCCCUGCUCAAAAUGUCAUUUAAAAAAUGUUAUGUGUAAUAUUAUUUACGUUUUUAAUGUUUGAAGUUUGAUUUAAUGUAAUGAUAGGGUGAUAUAAAAUGGCCCUACCACACUUAAGCCGUCAGCCAACACUGUGUUGUGUUGAGUCUAAUGGUAGCAUCCAGGCUCAAGAUUCACAGGUUUGGUUGACACGUGCGUUUGUGAGAGAGGGUUUUUGGAAGUUUGGCUGAUUCCUGGUAUGGCAGGUGGAACAUCAGAUCGACACAAUGCUGAUGGUAAGGCAAUGGGACGAGUGUAGUGGAGAUGGUGUGAGAGGAACUUUUUCUAGACUGAUUUUGAUAGUGAAUGUCAGUAAAUGUGUCCUUGUGUCUGUGUGGCAUGUGAAAGCACUUUUCUGAGACUGGCUGGUCCCAGUCCAUUGGAUGUGAGUGUGACAUGUGGUCCUCAAAGAUGGACAACUUAUUAUAUGUUUAUUGCGUUGCACUGGAGUGUCCUUAACCUGGUACAAGGGGCAUUUCAUUGAGACUUAUAUUUUUGUACGAAUGAACAUCUGCCAUUGGUUUGAAUUGGUAAUUAGAACUUUGACAAAAUCAGCAACCCAUUGAUUGCAACAGGAAACCGUUUUUCAGCCGUCCCAGUCAGGUGGAUGAAGAUCAAGGAUUCAUGCAGAAAAUCCAGGAUUGUACUGUAUAGUAUUGCAUGUUGCAGGGAAUGUCAUAUUUAGUAUUGUGUCAAGGCUUGGUGGCCAAAUCUUUUACCCACAUUCUUUAUCCUAUCCCCAUGGGAGUAAUUGCUAAAUGACUGUAACAGUAUGCCACCAGCAGACUUAGCAUGGACCACAGUAACAGAGCAGAUCUACAGUGGAUAUAAAAAGUAUACGCACCCCUGUGAAAAUGCCAGGUUUUUGUGAUGUAAAUGAGACAAAGAUAAAUCAUGUCAGAACUUUUUUCACUUUUAAUGUGACCUAUAAUGUGAAUAAUUCAAUUGAAAAACAUUGUCUCAUUCUUUUACAUCACAAGAACCUGUGUGUAGAAUUGUUAUAUCCACUGUAGUUCUCUGGUGGUGCAUUUCUUUUUACUCCAUUCUGUAAAAUAUUGCCUAACGAAUGCACAAAUUGAUGUUACAACUGUAAACUAUCAGUUGGAUGUCUGAUCUUCGUGACAUCAUUCAAAUGUAACAUAUAGACCUUUAGAAAUCAUAUUUGAGCACUCAACUGUGCAUCCUGGAGGCCUUAACAACCCUGCAUUGUACAAUCAUUUAUAAAAGAAAAUUUUUUGAUUCUGGAAUUGCUUUGCCAUACUUUUUGUCAAACACUCAUGCCAACCCUCUAUCUUAAAGAAAAUGUAAUUAGUAGGCAUUUGCCUAAUGAAUACUAUUUUGGUUCAUGCUGCAAAUAUUUAGUUCAAACCUUUAAUUUGAUUUAGAAUUUUGCAGUGCCUUUGGAAAGACUUGUCACUUUCUCCAUAUUUUAUUGUAAUAGACUUUUAUAAUUGAUUACCUUUUAUUUUUUGCCAACAAUGUACACAAAAUAUUCUAUAAUGACAAAAUGAAAAAAAGUUUUUAUGUUUGCAAAAAUAAAAAACGUAAUAUCUUAUGUAGAUAAGUGUCCAGACCCUUUAUACAGUACUUUUAAGAAGCGCAUUUGGCAGCGAUCACAGCUUGUUUAUGCCUCUACCAGCUUUUCACACCUGGAUUUGGGCAGUUUCUCAUUGUUCCCCAGUGAUGCUUAGUGGGGUUCAAGUCUGGCUGGGCCUCUCAAGGAAAUUCACAGACUUGUUCUAACGCCACUCCAGCGUUUUAUUGGCUGUGUGCUUCAGGUCAUUAGCGUACUGAAAGAUGGAUGUGGAGUCAUAGGUCCUAUGCUCUCUGGAUCAGGUAUUCUCCUCUGUAUUUUGCUCGGUUCACCCGUCCCUUAAUCCUGACCAGUCUCCCAGUCUCUACCACUAAGAAGGAGCCCCAUAGCAUGAUGCUCCUACCACCAUGCUUCACGGUAGGGAUGGCAUUAGCCAGAUAAUGAUCAGUACCUGGUUUUCUCCAGAUAUUGUGCUUUAAAUCAGGCCUUACAGUUAGAAUUUGAUCUCAUCAGACGAGUCCUUCCAGCGGCAAGUCAUAGCCUUCACUCAGGAGUGGAUUUCGUCUAGACACUACCAUAAAGACCUGAUUGAUUGCGGCAGAGAUUAUUUUCUUUUUGGCAGGUUAUCCUAUCUCUGCAGAGAAACUCAGAAUCUCUGUUGGAGGUGCCAUUGGGUUCUUUCUAAAAAUGUGUUUUCACUUUGUCAUUAGGGGGAUUUAAGUGUAGACUGAUGGCAAUCUUUAAAAUAAAUUCAGUCUUUAACACAACUAAACGUAAAGACUGAAGUCUGAAUACUUUCCAAAGCCACUGUAAAUCAUUAAAAAUAUUUGAUCACCCAAACUCAUACCUGUGCAGUUCUUCAUAUGUUCUGGAUGCCUUUGCAAUCCUGCAUCUGAACAGGUGUUAGCUGACUGUCAUAGUUUUUUUUCAAUAGAUAUGCAUGUUACUUGAUCUCAAGUAAAUGUUUUAUGCAUUUUAAAGAACAUUUGUUUUUAAACAGAUUGGUAUUAUUUUAAAACUGAUUUUAACUUGAAGGUUGAACAUUUGUAUUGUUUCUGUAAGGUGUUUUGUAUCAUAUGGUGUAGUGCUUUACAAAUUAUUUGCUUUGUA